ACCCAAAAACAGAGUUUCCCUCAGUUCAGACAGACAUCCAAACAGCCUCUUUAAAAAAGUGACUGUCUUUGUUUGUGGAGGCGUGAAUACGACCCAUUUCCCAAAACCCAAUUCUUCGCUCCCUUCACUUUUCAGUUCCCUCCACACUCUCACCACUUUCACUAUCAUUAUAUUUAAUUUCUCUCUGUUUCAGUGACAACUCUUUGAACCAAACUAAGCAUCAAGUACUUCCCCUCAAACCCAAAAAAAGUUUUCCCAAGGAAAAAAAAAAAAAAAAAGGUACCCUUUUCUUUUGUCUUUGUUUUGAAUUCUAGGGUUUCUGUGUGCUUGAAAAUCUUUCUGGGUUUGAAUUCAGGUUCUUUUCAACUUUAUUAUAAGUGGCUUGCAUUUUUAGGUUCUAUUGCAAUGGAGGCCCCAACACUGAACUCAGAACGCAGGCAAUUCUCAAUUAAACUAUGGCCUCCUAGCCCAAAUACAAGGCAAACACUUGUGGUGCGGAUGACGAACAAUCUUGCCACUAACUCAAUUUUUACCCAGAAGUAUGGCUGUCUCAGCAAAGAAGAGGCUGAGGAGAAUGCAAAACGAAUUGAGGAUGUGGCUUUUGCCACUGCAAACCAAAACUACGAAAAGGAGCCAGAUGGUGAUGGUGGUUCUGCAGUUCAGCUUUAUGCCAAGGAAUGUAGCAAGCUCCUCCUGGAAGUUCUUAAAAGAGGCCCUAGAAGCAAGGCAGACACCACAUCUGAGGAAACUUUCUUUGAUAUAUCAAAGGGUCAACGAGCCUUUAUUGAGGCAGAGGAGGCUGAGGAACUCCUAAGGCCACUGAAAAAGAAAGGAAAUUCUUACACUAAAAUAUGCUUCAGCAAUAGAAGUUUUGGUUUAGGAGCAGCCCGUGUUGCUGAGCCCAUUCUGGUUUCCCUGAAGGAUCAGUUAAAAGAAGUAGACCUGUCAGAUUUCAUUGCAGGAAGACCAGAGACAGAAGCUCUUGAAGUCAUGAAUAUAUUCUCAGCUGCACUGGAAGGUAGUGCUUUGAAGUCUCUGAAUCUCUCAAACAAUGCCUUGGGUGAGAAGGGUGUUAGGGCAUUUGGGGCACUCCUGCAUUCACAGGCUUGCUUGGAGGAGCUUUAUUUAAUGAAUGAUGGCAUCUCUGAGGAAGCUGCUCGAGCGGUUUCUGAGUUAAUUCCCUCCACAGACAAGCUAAGAGUCCUGCAAUUUCAUAAUAACAUGACAGGAGAUGAGGGAGCACUUGCUAUCUCUGAGGUUGUAAAGCGUUCUCCAUUAUUGGAGGACUUCCGUUGCUCCUCUACAAGGAUAGGUUCUGAAGGGGGAGUUGCAUUAUCGAAAGCACUCGAAACUUGUACCCAUUUGAAGAAGCUUGACCUGCGGGACAACAUGUUUGGUGUGGAAGGUGGACUUGCCCUGAGUAAAGCUCUUUCCAAGCAUUCAGAUUUAUCUGAGGUUUACCUGAGCUACCUGAACUUGGAAGACGAGGGUUCAAUUGCCAUACUGAAAGUUCUUAAGGAAACAACUCCUUCGCUCGAAGUCUUGGAGAUGGCGGGAAAUGACAUAACAGCUGAAGCUGCUCCCGUGAUUGCUGCUUGUAUUGCGGCAAAGCAAAUCACCAAGUUGAACCUGGCUGAGAAUGAACUUAAGGAUGAAGGUGCAAUCCAGAUCAGCAAGGCAUUAGAAGGUCAUUCCCAAUUAAAGGAAGUUGAUUUUAGUGCCAAUCUAGUAAGAAGGGCCGGGGCUCGGGUUUUGGCUCAGGUUGUGGUUCAGAAGCCCAAGUUUAAGUUGCUGAAUAUCAAUGGGAAUUUCAUCUCUGAUGAAGGCAUUGAUGAGAUCCAGGAUGUAUUCAAGAAAUGUCCUGACAUGCUUGGGCCAUUGGAUGAGAAUGACCCAGAAGGAAGGGAGGAUGAUGAAGAAUCAGGUGAGGGUGAAGGUAAUGAGGAUGAACUUGAAUCAAAACUGAAGAACCUGGAAGUUAACCAAGAGGAUUAGAGGUUCACCUAUGGAAGGUGUUUUCGUUUGGUUUCUGAACGAGUAGCCUAUUGGAACAUUAAUAAUUGUAGGACAGGACAUUUUGGGUUUGCCUGUUUUGUUGAAUCUAGAGUCUGCAUGAGCAGGCUGUGGCAAUUUUUCAGAAGGAUGAUAGGUGCCAUGAUUAGUAUCUGUCUUUUCUCUAUCAAAUUUGCUUAUUUGGAAACCUGCAUAGGUUAGUCAUCUAAUGCAAUAGCAUAUCUUGUAAUGGAUCUUGCUCUAAUUGUAGCCUAAGACCAUUUUCUCUGUUGUGAUCAAUUCUUGACGGUCAAGUUGCCUGA